AGACCAGGUCCUCCUGAGGACAGAGAAGGUCAGGGUUGAAUUGAGGGUUUUGUUUUCUUCGUGUAUAAGUACAUAUUGGUUUUGCUCCAGAUGAUCCAGAGGCAGCUGCAGCAGGUGGAGGAGAAACAGAGACAGCUGGAGGAGAGAGGAGUGAUGGUGGAGAAAGCUCUGAGAGGAGAAGCAGAUUAUUGGGGAGACUCCAACGACAGCCAGGACAUCGAGCUUCACCUGGAAGGACUGGGUAAACUGGAUAAUCCCGCUCUGAUGCAGCAGUGGUUCCAGUUGGUCCAGCAGAAGAACUCUCUGGUUCGAUAUGAAUCUGAACUCAUGAUAUUUGCUCGAGAGUUGGAGUUGGAGGACCGACAGAGUCGCAUGCAGCAGGAGCUCAGAGAGCGGAUGGCCGUGGACGACCACCUGAAGGAGGAGUGGGAGCUGCUGGAGGAGCGUCUGAUCCUGGAGGAGAUGUUGGAGGUGGUGGAGCAGAGAGACUCUCUGGUGUCUCUGCUGGAGGAACAGAGACUGCAGCAACGACAGGAAGACCGGGACCUGGAGGAGGUCAUCAUGACCCGAGGACUGGGACUCAACUGGACCUGAACCUGGAAGGGUCUCUACAGUACCUGAACUGUUCUGAACUGGUUCAGUCUGACUUUAUCAAUGCAAAGGUUGAUAUGAAAACAGUUUAAGUUUGGUAUUCUUUGGAGUUUUGGAGAAUUUUGGACCCAGUUCAAAGUGGACUCAUGAAAAAUACCCAAACCAGAUGUAAUUAAACCAGUUAUAGUAAACCAGGUCUGAGAUAGACCCGAAGACAGUCAGCAUCAGUCCACCAUGAGCUCUCCAGUCUUCCUCUUCUCCUUCUCCUCCUUCUCCUUCUCCUUCUCCUCCUUCUUCUUAUCCUUCUCCUUCUUCUC